AUGACGGAGACAACCGACACGCCGAAGGACAUAUUUCCGCUCUUGCAGCAAUUGCGAGACUCCUUUGAUGAAAUUGUGAGCACCCUUCAGAACGACGAACGGUGCGUGCGACAGGAAUGGGACAAACUUCAAGAGGAGCGCGACCGCAUGAUGAAGGACAUCAUGCAGCUGCACUUGCAGCCGGGGAGCUCUACGAGCCCCAUUAAGUCGGCACUUUACCGUGCGCCGAUGCCGCCUGCAGCAGCGGAAGAAGGAGCUGGCGCCCACGAGCAGCUCCCUGGCGCGUCAAAAUCAAAUGGUCUGGUCAGAGGUGACACACAUGAUAAGAAGGGUUGUGCUACAAACGCCUCUGUGCCGAUACGGAGGGAAUCUGACAUAUGGAAAGGCCUCCGAAGUGAGAUUGUAGACAUUCGCUCUCCGUUGUGCGGCGGUGGCGACAAUCCAAAGCGACGCCCAAGAACCGAUAGCGGCCAGAAGACCAUUUCUUCGGUAUUACUCUCGUCUCAGACGCACCUCGAAGAGCGGCCGACUUCAGGGCAUACGCGAAGCCCCAGCGCAUGCGUGGAUUACGGCGAUGAGUCCUGCAUAAUGCAUACAAACCCACCCUCAGGUGGUGGGCCGUUGCGUCAUCGUGCGACGGGAAUCACGUCUACAUUGAACCAGGCCCGCCUACGAGCUGUUCCACCAUCUGUUACGCCAGCAAGGGGCGGCGCCUACGCUGAAAGCGGUAGGCGAAACUCAACGCAAUCUGCUUUACAGGGACGAACUUUUUGGAUCAACGUGUGGCCUUGUUUCGGCACCUUUGCAUCCUCUGUGUGUAAACCAAAACGUAUUGUGGUGCAUGGCAGCUACUGUUAUAUGGAGCAACUCACCGAGAAGGCCGGCAUUGAAACGGGAUGUCGCCCUGCCCCAAGCGUCUUGUACGAACCUGAUGGUCGCCCAAUACGUUCACUUGUGCAGCUCAUGCCUGAGCAGCACUACCUGCUGUUCCCGAGCGGCGGGUUCUACCGCAAGGAGGCUGUCCCCGCCGCACUACUAAUGGAGCUGGUGCGGGCCGCCAGGACGACACUCCAAAACCACUCUGUACAUCACGAGCGCUGA